AGUGCGCACGCGCGGUGCCCUCUCUCACUGCCCCCACUCCACUCGCCGCCAUCCUUCAUCGCGGAGCCAGGCAGCAGACGUAAACCCGCAACCCAAACAUGAGCUUCACGGUGGAAGAGAGGGGGGCCCUCAACUCCCUGAGCUACCGCCUGUUCUUCAAGAACGCAGAAGGAAAGUACAUCUCGCCGUUCCACGACAUACCAAUGUAUGCUGAUGAGAGCCAGAAAAUCUUCCACAUGGUUGUCGAAGUGCCAAGAUGGACAAAUGCAAAGAUGGAGAUCGGUACCAAAGACCUCUUAAACCCAAUCAAGCAAGAUGUGAAGAAGGGCAAGUUGCGCUACGUUGCCAAUGUUUUCCCACACAAAGGCUACAUAUGGAACUACGGAGCCAUUCCUCAGACGUGGGAAGAUCCUGCCCACAAAGACGGAGACACCGGCUGCUGUGGUGACAACGACCCCAUCGACGUCUGUGAAAUCGGCAGCAAGGUGUGUUCCCGUGGGGAGGUAAUCAAAGUGAAGGCGCUCGGAAUCCUGGCCAUGAUCGAUGAGGGUGAGACCGAUUGGAAAGUGAUUGCAAUCGAUGUAGAGGACUCCGAAGCCAAGGACUUCAACAACAUCGGUGAUGUCCAGCGCCUGAAACCCGGCUAUCUUGAGGCCACAGUCGACUGGUUCAGGAGGUACAAAAUACCCGAUGGGAAACCAGAAAACAAGUUUGCCUUCAAUGAUGAGUUCAAAGACAAGGACUUUGCCAUUGAAGUAAUCAAGAGCACUCACAACUUCUGGAAGGACCUCAUUAGCCAGAAGACCGGUGCCGGUGAACUGAACUGCAAAAACACGUGUGUCUCUGUGGGCGACAACUCUUACUGCUGCACAGCAGAUGAGGCUAAAGCUGCUGUUGAAACACAUCCUUGUGGAAAAGCAGAAUCUAUACCCUCAUCAGUUGAUAAGUGGUUCUACUUUGAGAAGAAAUAAUCAUCCUGGAGCAGGUUGCAAGACUCAUCUUUCACAGGAAUACUUGAUCAUGGUCUUAUGUUAGGAACCAAUGCGACGGCAGGGUUGGGUCAUAUGCGUUUGGGUUCUGGGCUGGCUGUUUUUUCCUCUAGAGGGAGAAUUUGUGGAUUAAUUCUGUAGAGAAGGAGAAAAGUAAAAAGAAAAAAAUUGACUCUCGUCUAGACCAAUUAGUUUUCACUUAUUUAACAAAUAUCUCUUUCGAGAUGUGCUAUCAUAAACAAAAGUGCAGGUUACUGUGCCCAGUAGAUACUUGUGUCUGUAUGAGACUCUGAAGUGCAUUAAUAAAGCUUUGCUGGUAAAAUUAUCAACAGUGUGAUGUGACUCACAAGUAAAGAGCAGAGUGAUUAAUGAGGAGUGUCGGGGGGAAAUAAACAAUUGAACCAA